AGUGCCAAAGCAAGCGGAGAACACAAGAAGGAGGGGUAGAGAGAGGAAAGCAGAAGCCUUGAGAGCACUGGAGGAGAGACUCGUAGUGACAGAAGGGUCAGAGGGAGCAGUAGAGAGAGAAAGGAUAAAAAGAAUGAAGGGCUGAAAAAGAAAAAGAGAUGGAAGGAUGGGAGAAAGAUCUAAAGACGCAGAUGUAGCAGUGAAAUUUCCAGAGCUGGAUAGACACAUCUAAAGACAGGAAAGAAGAUAAAUGUGGAGCAACUAAUACUUGCCGUGUGUUCAUGUGAGGCAUCGUGACUGACGGAGAUUGCGUGAUGCCUACUAAUGGAUUAUAAGAGAUGAAAGAAAGGACGAGUGUGUUUUAGCGUAAGGCUUGAGUGAGGGCGAGUCUGAAGUGCAGGGGCAUCCAGGGUCAGCGUGAAGUGAAGUGAAGUGAAGUGAAGAUUCGGCUCACGCUUUCAUCACAUAGACUCUCAUCAUGGGAUUUCAGAAGCUCUCCUUCAAGAAGACCUCAUAGUAGGUCUCUUCUACUCUACUCUUCACUUCCUCCUGUUGCUGCUCAACUCUCAGAGACACAGGGAGAAGGAGAGAACAAGCCUCGUGGAUCCUGAGGAGGUCUGAGGAGCGUCGAGGCAGUACGUAGUAUUUAGUGGAUGCCUCCGGUAACCAGCCAUGGGGGAAUGGACCAUCCUCGAACGCCUCCUAGAGGCUGCCGUUCAACAGCACUCCACUAUGAUUGGGAGGAUUCUACUGACGGUGGUCGUGAUCUUCCGGAUCCUCAUUGUAGCCAUCGUGGGUGAGACGGUAUACGAGGACGAGCAGACAAUGUUCCUGUGUAACACCCUUCAGCCCGGGUGCAAUCAGGCCUGCUACGACAAGGCCUUCCCCAUCUCGCACAUUCGCUACUGGGUGUUUCAGAUCAUCCUGGUGUGCACGCCGAGUCUGUGCUUCAUCACCUACUCUGUGCACCAGUCGGCGAAACAGCGCGAUCGCCGCUAUUCCUUCCUCUACCCAAUCAUGGAAAAGGACUACACCCGAGAAAGCACUCGCAAAGUACGCAAUGUCAACGGCAUCUUGGUGCAGCACCCAGACAGCAGCGGUGGUAAAGAUGAGCCUGACUGCCUAGAGGUCAAAGAGAUCCCUAAUGUAGCACGUGGUAUCACCCACAGCAAGAGCUCCAAAGUACGUCGGCAAGAAGGAAUUUCUCGUUUCUACGUCAUCCAGGUGGUGUUCCGUAAUGCCUUAGAGAUCGGCUUCCUCGCAGGACAGUACUUCUUGUAUGGCUUCAGCGUACCAGCCAUUUUUGAGUGUGAUCGCUAUCCAUGUCUAAAAGAAGUGGAGUGCUAUGUUUCGCGCCCCACCGAGAAGACAGUCUUCCUGGUGUUUAUGUUCGCCGUGAGCGGCAUCUGCGUGGUGCUCAACCUGGCCGAGCUCAACCACCUCGGCUGGAGGAAGAUCAAGACGGCCAUCCGGGGUGUCCAGGCACGACGCAAGUCUAUCUGUGAGAUCCGGAAGAAGGACAUGGCACAUCUGUCACAGCCUCCCAACAUGGGCAGGACCCAGUCCAGCGAAUCAGCCUACGUUUGAUCUUUCAAACAGAGUCAGAGGUUUAAUAUUUGAUAGUAAGGGAUAGGGAGUAGCCUUACCAAACCACACCCCAUUUCCACCAACCAACCACUCCAUUCCCAUAUGUUAUAUAGUGUUGUGAUAUUGCAUGAGAAAGAGAGAUUCUGUUUCUGGAGAGUCUCAAGAAUAAAUACGAGGUCUGGGAGAGGACAGAAGAGCGGAAGAGCCGUCAGGGGAAGGUGACAGACUUCCAUGUACAGGAACGACAAUGUCUUGGAUCACCUUAAAUCUACUCCUCUUAGUUUGUAGAAAAAAAUAAUAAUGAAUUGCUUGAGAUAGCAGGAGAGCGUUGUUCCUGCGAUGGAUCAUAGUCAUAGAAGAAAAUGACUGUUUAUGCCCGGUUUUGUCAGUGAGUCGUGCUAAAGAAAACAAUGGAGGUGUCUAAACAGAUAUUUAGCAGAUUUUUGCUUCUUCACUCCUUUUCUUCUCUCCCAGUCUACUUCAUGUAAACUUCAUCAUGGCACCUUUAUAUCACAGUGUUCUGCCCCCGGGAUGUCCUCUCUCUGUCUCAGUCUGUCCUCCCUACAUAACAUAUCAGAAAAAAAAGAACGAGAAGAGAAAUGUGCACAAAGAAAGGAGUAAAAAUGCUUUUAACAUUAUACUUUAUGAUACUAUUUAGUGCCAUGAUUUUAAAUGACUUUUCAGCUAUAUAUAAAUAUAAAUAUAUAAUUCGAUAUUUAGUUACCAAAUUAUUAUAAAUGUAGAAUGAUUUCACUUUAUCACGAGAUAAGAUGAAGCUCAUCAUCAUGACGUUAUUCAGAGAUUUCCUAUAUACAAAUCACUCUUAGUGAAUUAUUUGGAUUUUUUUCUUUCUGAUACAGUACAUCGUUUCUAAGAAAAAAGAGAGAUGUUGUAAAGGCAUGACGUUGAAAAAGGCAUGUUUAUGACGCACACUCUGUUGUGCAGAAGAAAUGUGUUUGUUUUGUUGUGAGGGAGCUUUUCUUAUUUGGCGAUUAGCUUUUGUCCGUCUGUGGCGUGUUUUGAAUUGCAUGCCUUUUAGAAGAAAAGAAAGGGAGGAAUCAUGCAUGUACAGGUUGCACCUUGUUUAUCAGAGAGACGGGGGAGAGAGCGGCUGAGAGAAAUACAGAAAGAGAGAGAGAGAGAGAGAGAGAGAGAGAGAGAGAGAGAGAGAGAAACUCACUCUGGGAAGGGGUCUGCUGAUAAUGCUCUUUCAGUGAGAUUUCGUUUAGUUCACUAGCCAAAGAGACAAGAGCGUAGAGGACACAGAAGCAGCCUUGAGGGUUACGUCUAUACGAAAUGACACGCACAAGCUCGACUGCUCUAAAGAGACUCCUUAGCCUUUAGUGGAGAUAAAGAUGGAAUGGAAUGACAACACUCAAGAUCACUCCAUGUUUUAGUGUCCUUACUUAGAGCUGAGAAAAUUUUGUGUCUUUGUGUGUGUGUGUGUGUCUGAGCCAUUGGUAAUCCAAGGUAUUAAAACAAGGUAUAAGGUGUCCUAUAUUCAUGCAGCAAACACACACACACACACACACACACACACACACACACACACACUCAGAGCUAACAUUUCAAUGAGACACUUUGGUCUAUAUUAUCAACACUGGAGUUUAAGUGCUUGAUCAUGGACUCCACAGAUAGUGAGCACUAGCGUAGGCGUGGAGACAAACCACAGACUGGCGGAAAACUGCCAGGAGAAAGUCAGAGGAAAAAAAGAGCGAGAGACAGUCACAUGUUCUUUUUCUUUUUUGUCACACACACAAGCCUCUUUGAAAAAAAUCUGUUUAGGUUUGGAGCAACAAAAGCUGCAAUCUAGCCAUAACUCAGCUUGUGAGUUGUUUCAGCUCGUGAUCUGCAGCCACUAGAAGGUCGACCCACUUUAAUUAAAAUACAGAAAUAAAUGGGAUUAAAAAGUCAGAACGGGUUUAUUGACAAUAUUUAAACAUUAUUAGUUCAGAUGUUCCUGUUUCUACUGCAGCAGUUAAACCAACAUUUGUUGAGAAUCAAUACAACAAAAAGGAAACAUGGUGUUUUUUUGUAUGAUGAGAGAUAUAAGGUGAAUUUGACUCACGUUAGUAUUCGCUGGAAAACCAAGUGCUUUUGCCUUCUUUACUGUUAAAUGACACUGAAAGAAACAGACAAAUUAUUUAAAGCUCUGACUUUAUUAGAGGAACAGAUGAGAGAAAGCUGGAAAACUAACCUUACUACCUAUUCUGAGCACCUUAUUGACUUUAUGGUUCUCUCUCGUUCCUUCAUGCUUCUAAUUGAAGGACGUUACACUUACAGCCAGACGAGCCAUGAGCAACCAACCACCCAGUAAUUGGGCUAUUAUGAGAGAAACAUUAAAGUCUCACCAGCUGCUUCCCUAAGUGAGCUUUUCUUCAGCCGGUUGUGAUUAAAGCCAAUUCCUCUCCUCGGUCUCUUCUUCUACUACCUUUAUGAGUGUUUUAAAUACAAAAAGAAAAACAGAGUUUAUGCAAAUACGUUACUUUUGAAUUGAUUUGUAUUGAUGUUCUUUGUACUUUCAUUUUUGAGGUGUUUUCCUAAUCUGGUCUUCAGGAACCACCAGAUGGUCUGGAUCUCUGCUCUCUCUCCCUCUGAGCUUCUGAAAAUAUGGCCUAAGCCAGACAAAGAUCUUUUUAACACGUUGGCAGUCGCUCUUAUCCAGUGCUUUGGUGAUUAGUUGGAAAUCUUAUGCUAGUGCAGAUGAGGUCUAAAGAUGCCAACAUAGUAGAGUACCUCCUAUUAUAGGUCAGGAUUAAAGUUAAGUAAAUACAUUUUAUGUAAAGUCUUAUUUAGAGUGCUAAGUGCUAUUUAGACUUUAAAUAAGCAAAUUAAGGCAUUUAGAAAAAACUUCACUCCCAACAAGGUGCCAUUAAAAAGGAGUCUGGAUGCUUGUCUUGUCUGUUAAUGCAGAAUAAUAUAAUACAAGGACAAGAUAGUGUAUGAGAUUAAAGUAUGCCACAAGAUUCUGAAUCUUUUCUGAUUGCGGCUUCAUACAUCUAUGUAUGUACAUUUAAGUAUCUAGAACAGGUUCAUCAUAUCGUGUAACAUGAUUAAUGUUCGAACAAACGAAAAACAAAACGAUUUAAAAAAAGGUUUUCUAAUCUUUAGCAGCUCGACUUCUGUGAAUCCAAUCACAUGCAAUGAUGUACAUUAUUUUUACAUAAGUGGCUUUGGCUAACGAUGUCAGGGUCAAAACGUGGAUGAUUUUCACAUUUCGUUUAGUUUCAAUGGUCUGAUUAACAAUUUAAACAAAAGUCAACAGUGAAAAGAAGAGCGUUUAAAGAAAAGAACAGCUUUAAAGAGUCACUACAAAACUUUCAUUUCAAAUUAUUUUUAGCCAUAAACGUAAGAUGAAGCAAAGGUUUCAUAAUGUGACAGUUACUUUCUUAUCUGCGCUUUAAGUAAGUAAGGAAUUUUAUGCAAAUGGACCUUUAGAGAUUAUAGUACUUGUAAAACCACUGACCUACGACUUCUAGAAGUGGAAAUCAAAUACAUAGUUAAAAGGGAUGUCAGCCUCAUCCUGUAACCUGAAGCAUUAUUAGAAUUUCUAUAUAAAAAAACAUAAAAGAAAAAACAGACUCUUAUAAAAAAAACAGACUCUUAUUAAACACUGGUACACAAACAUGUAGUCAUCUGUCCUGGAAGCUGGUAGAGAGCAGAAAUACACCUCCACUGUCUGGAGGCAUGCUGAAGACCUUUGGGGAACACCUCAGUACUGUAAAGUGGAGUGAUGUUAAGAGCUUUGGGGCAUUUGCAUUAAGAAAAGAGGUUAAUAUGCCUGAGGAGUGGAAAUAUAUUUAUUUAUAUCUAUCUAUAUACAUAUAUAUCCCUCACCAAAGUACUGUAAUAUGCAACUUCAUUCUUGAACUGGGGUUAUAAAUGAUAUUUAUAGGCUUGGAUACAUGCAUGCUUUAAGGAAUGUGGCUGGAAUCGACUUCUUUUGUAAUUUAUUUUAUAAGAAAGAAAACAGACUUUUUUGCUCUGUUAGUUAGGCAAAGUAAACCAAUUAAAAUGAAGGAAGCUCAAUCUGGACAACUAAUUAUGCACAAAGUGCAAUAUUAUCAUUUGAACAAAAAGAAAAUCAAUGUAUGUUCUGUCUAUUAAACUGUUUUCUUUCUUUUUUCAUUUUUUCAUUUUUUUCUGGGAAGAUUAUUGGACAUUUUGUCUUAUCAUAUUAUCAUGUCUAUAGCCCCUCACUGCCACAGUGUUUUAUAGGAUUUGUUUUUAUGUUGUUUUGGAGACAUAAUUGAUGUGUUUGUAGCCUGAGCGUUCGAUCGACACUAUAAACCUUAAUCACUGCCACUGGUCGGUCCUUUGCUUUUGAAGCGAGGAUGUUUUCUACUAUUACGGAAGGUCAUAAUGUCGAUGAAGCGUUCAGAGAAUUGAGUGGACCAGCAUGUCUGCUGCACAUGCAAAAAUGUCUCAGGUAUGUUCUUUUUUUUUUGUAAUCUGACACUUCGAGAGGUCCAUCGUUUUUACUUUUUCUACAUUUAAUACUCAAAUGUAUCUUAGUAAAAAGCCAUUUGGGAUUGUACCCAAUUAUAUUGUACCCACAUUGUUUAUUUUUUCUUUUUUUUUGGCCAAUUUUAAAACCUGUAAUCUCUAUGUUGUGCAUCACGUAUUAAUGCAUUCAAAGACAAACAAAAAAAUAUGAAUUUUUAUUUUCAGCCAUGCCAAGGGACAGUGAUGUUGAAUAUGACUGUUUAAACACCGGUGUUUUAUAGGCGCAUACAAAGCGCAGCACAUACAAUGCGAAGUCUACAAUCUUAUACUGCCGCGUAUUGAUCCCUUUAAAAAGGACAUGAUGAUGUACUAAUGUUCUCUCUCUGUGCUCCAAUUACAACCCACACAAUCCAGCAUGUAGCCUCUCAUUCCAGUAAAAAAUAUUCAAUCACACAGAUUUCCUUGGAGUUUACAUUUGCUGGUCUGGUGCUGGGUUCUGUUAGUACAGAUCUGUCCUCUUCAGCAGAUCUAAAACAAGUUUUUAAUCCAUGAAACCUGGUGAAAACUGACUUUUCUGUGCAUUUACCAGUCUGAAAAAGUGGUGGGCAUGGAGAGAGCGACACUCAAAAUCAGGGUACUUUAUAGUAACCAGGGUAGCAAUGUAAUAUUCCAUCACUUCCUCCCAACAAGCCGUUUUUUAAAUGAUAGGGCACUUGAACAGCAUUCCGUGUGUAUCUCAGAAUGCUAUACUUCUAACAUUGUUGUUGAGCAUUGGUCUAGAAACAUAUUCAAUGAUACAGUAGCAAACUUAAUAAAGACAUAUCAUUAAGGCCAAUUCAUACUUUUUUACGAGGGCUAAAUAACAGCAAGAUCACUAAACAAUUGAAAUCACUACAUUAAUUAAGAAAUGAAGCCGAUCACACCACGAUAAGUGCUAACAUUCUUUAAAACUUGGAUUCCUAGAUUCUAUCAAGUCUUGAUCCUUUAAUAGAUUAGUUCAAGGCGACAUAGCACCACCAAUCUGCCACGGCUGAGCUCUUGAACGAGGCCCUAAACCAGCUCUGCUCCAGGGGUGCUGUACCAUAUCCUGUGCUCUGACCCCAACUUCCUAAGAUGGGACAUGUGAAAAAAGUAUUUUCCUGUGUUCUAAUGUAUAUGUGACAAAUAAAGAUUUCUUCUUCUUAUGAUAAUAUAAAGAAAUAUAAAAGCCAUUUCCUCCGCAGUGAGCAUGGUGCAGUUGAUCCUGAUGUUCCUCUCUGUAUAGUCUGUAAGUUCUGCUGAUUCUCUGGUUUCCACUAAAUUCUCAUUCAUGUGCAGAGUCAUGAAGGACUCAAUUCUUAUAGUGGAAAUAUGUAGCAGGUUGGAUGUUAUACUGGGUGUUGGAUGUCAUACCAGGAAGUAGGUUGCCUACUGUAAAUCGCCUUAAAUGAAAGUGCAUGAAAUUGUGCAUGUUAAUGUGUUCCUGGUAUCAUGAGAAGGACCAUCUCAUUCAGGGUGUAUUCAAUCCUAGUGUCCUUCAUUUCCACUAUAGGCCCUGGAUCUGCCCCUGACCCUGACCAUGAAUGAGAGAAAGAACCUAAAAGUCACCUUUACUGCAAUGUAUUUAUGAAGCUCUCGGGCCUGAGGGUGGGUCAGACGAGGCAGGGAGAAAACGCUGAACAAAGCUUUCUUUGCUGUCGCAUUUAGCCACACUGGCAACACAAGACUCCAACUGGUCCUGCAAGAGCAUUUAAAGGAUAUUGAGACAGAUAGAAUUUAAGAAUCCAAGAUUUUGACUUUUUCCCUAAAGCCAUAUAAAGAAAAAGCUGGUGUUUUUGUAUGCAACUUAUUGCACUGGCAUUUCAGCAUCAUUAACACCAUGUUUCAGGAAGAAAUACAAUCUGUGCUAAAAACACUACGGCUUCAUACUGGAACCAGGAUUUAUUGGUGAUUGUGCACAUUAAGGGUAGUCUGAAACCGAGACCGUUAUGUCGUGACAUUAAUAUGUAUUCAUAAAUAGGGGUUUGGGUUUGUGUAAAAUGUGCACUGGAGUUUUAAAUAUCAAGUUAAUUUUUUAGCUUUGGGUUGGAAUAACAUCUUCAUACAAACAUGUCCACAAUACUCACUAGCUUUCACUUCACCGUCUAAAGCUGCCACAAAAAAAACACUUCUAUCUUUAGCCAAGAAAUGAAAUUGUCACAAACAGCUGUAAAAGUGGCAGCCCGCUGUACUUGUUAAUACAGACGCAGCUGCGCUUUACACUUCACACAAUUCACACGUUGAAAACAUUCAGGUUUGCUGAGCCAUCUGACACACACUGAGUCUAAAAAAAGGCUUUCUUCUUUCUAGAGGAUCGUAGCGUCCACAACUUCUCCUCAAUAGCCUUAGCUAGGAUUUCUUCAGAAUUUCUUCAGUGUAACUUGUUUCUAAUUUUUAGAAGAAAAUAAAAAUCUGUUGUUUGGAUCACAGAUAUUUUAUAUCUGAAUGAAGUUAUGUAUGUUUCUGACUCGUGUACUGUACAUAAUGAGUGAAUUAAACACCUUGAAUGUUAAAGGAAA